AUGGUUAAAGAAACCAUGGAAGUCAAACAGGCAAUCAAUAAGCUAACAAAUGAGCUUAUCCAAGCAAAAGGAGAGAAUGAAGAUCUAAGGAAACAUAUUGAUAAAGGCAAGAGGAAAGCUUUUGAAAGCAAUUCUGUCAACACUGAGCUUGAGAAGAAGAUCAUCAUUCUUGAGGAUAAGGAUGUGAAUGAUAAAAUUGGGUUGGGAUUUGUUAGAGGUUUAUCUAGUGGUCAAGUAAGACUGGACAUAAGUAUCACUCAUGUUUUCAAAGGAAAAACAAAAGGUCUUCAAAAAUUCAUUCUCAGAAUUACAAAAUUGCUCGCGACUUGCGACGGUUUCAAGCAGCUUCAGUUGACUCAUGUGCGUCGUCAGGGUAAUCGGGUGGCUCAUGUUUUUACAGCUCUUUUGCGGUUUGGGAUUAUGUCCGAUCUGUGUUGUCUUAUGUUCCUCCUUCUGUCGUCCCUUUUGUGGUGGCAGAGGGUGGGUCUUGGUAGGUUGUGGUUCUUUUGGUUUAUUGUGUUGGGGUUGUUUUUGCCUUUGAAAAAAUAUAUAUAUAUAUAUAAAGUCCCCGGUUUCCAAACCGAUGAGAUGAAGAGUUUUGGUUCCAUGAACAUGGAGGAGGAGCUCCUCAAUAACAUCCAUGGCGAUACUGAGCCGUUUCCCGCCGCCUUCAACAAUGGGUUCGUUGGCCGAUCCACCACAAGGCUUCUGAAGGAAGAGGCAGACCAGACUAAGGACAGGUUUAAGAAGAAUCUCAAGACGAAGAAGACGAUUAGUGGGGGGAUUAAGAAGGAUGGUCUUUACUACUCUAGCCAACUACUAUUCCGACAACUCUACGUUCCACCUCCUCUUCAGCGUACCAGUGGCAUUGCCGCCUUGGACAUCAUUCUUCAAAUAGUCUUCGAGCCUUGGUCCCUUCUUUAGUUGAUUUUUCUAAGUUUAAUUGUACCACUUGCGAACUUAGUAAACAUUGUCGGGCUACUUUUAAGUCUCAUUUUGAUAAUAAAAGUUUAAAACUAUUUGAGUUAGUACAUUCGGAUGUUUGGGGACCAGCUCGUACUACUGGUUUAUUUGGUGCUCGUUAUUUUGUGUCAUUUAUUAUGAUUAUUCACGUUUAAUUUGGGUUUAUACUCUUAAA